ACUGCCUGUCAUCAUUUUCUGGUCCUUGUGGCUAAAAUUCUUUGCUGCACAACUACCAGUCUGCUCAAUCAAAAGAUCCUUCGAUCCCAGGUCUGUCCGUUAUGAACCGUCUUAUUUCUGACCCCAGCACAGAAAUUUGCCCGGACUUCACGUCCAACUUCUACCAAACGAGCCGAGCACUGCUUGUAGCUUUAAAUAACACUGAGGAACAAGCUGCUGUGCUCUUGCAGGCAGUCUGGACCGCAACCAAUACUGCACAGCGAACGCAAUGGCAGAACCAAAUUGCAGCAGAUCAAAUUGCUGCGGCGGAACAACAACACCACGCUGACGACGAAGCGCAACAGCAACUUCAAAACAUUCUAGUUUCAGACUUUGCCCUAUGCAAACUUGAGAAGGGCCAUCAUGUGGAAAUCUACUAUUGGACCAACAAGGGUCUAUCAGAUGCACGUCUGCAUUAUCGCACUACGGACGACGAGGGGAUGGUACCCACCACUGGGCCAGAUGGCGCUACCACGUGGAUGCCAGCCAAUGCCAUGCGACCCUCCACAGCAGUCAUUCCUGACCACAGCUUGAGCCCUCUGGAAUUUGCACAAGCCAUCCCCCAACUCGUUGUUUCCUUGACAGAACGAGGCUGGGAUGAAGAACGGGUACAUAUGCUAGCUGCGUUUUGGGGCACUCUCAUGUUGCACCGGUACUGGAGUUCAGACAGUCCUCUCGAUCAGCGAGCUCUACUGAUGUAUCAGGAGGAGCAGCGUCAAGCAUGGCACCAAGCCAUUCCAAUGGCAGGAGGAGCUUGGGAUAUUUCAAUCCUCGAUGAGACUGAGAUCAAUCGCACGUUGGAUCGCAUUUAUCGGGAGGAUUGCCGCCGCCACGACAAUGAUUAUGACUACCAGGUCUGUUAUUCCAUCACAUUCAACUAA